AACUUUGACAAUCACACAAACACUUUGUUUCUCGCGCUAUUUGCAUUUCAACGAUUUCAACGGUCAGAAAAAUGACUGCAGGAUAUUCAGAUAUUCACCGUGGUUUUCUACAAACUGUUAUGAGUCGAGGCAGUAUAAGCACGGACAGUGCUAAUAAAGUAUUGGUGGACCUAUUCGCUUCACAAAACCGUGGCGUUCCGUCUGAAGACGAUCUACAACCCAUUGUCGAUGCAAUCAACGAAAAGAUUCACGUGUAUGAUCAAAGAAUCGAUAUUGUAUCGUCGCAGUACGAUGAUAAAACAUUUGUCGUUAUGGUCAAUACCAGUCAAUCCGCUAUCACGAAAUUACAAGCCACGUAUAAACAAACAGAGAUCGAGUUCUUCCGAUUGUUAAUGAAGGAAGUGGCAAUGGCCGAAGAACAUUCGCUGCGCAAGAUAUCGGUUUUGAAUAUCAUGAAUCCAAAUCGUAACAAGGAUGUGAAUCUCACAAUGAGUCAAUUGGAGAAGCUGCUAAAUGAUUGGAUUGAAGAGGGAUACUUUUACGAACAAAAUGGUCACGUCUAUUUCGGUGUACGAUCGGUAGCCGAAUUCGGAGAAUUUCUUCGGAGUAAAUUCAAUGUCGACAGUUGUCAGUUGUGUAAAUCGGUUUUGUUGAAGGGGGCUGACUGUAACGGAGAUACUUGCAACGGACGUUUUCACACCAGCUGCCUUCGCAAAUACAUGGCAAAAAAUACGAAAUGUCCGAAAUGCAAAAAAGUUUGGAGCACUCCAGUACCUUAAUUAGAAUUGAAAGUCUUCAGUGAACACUGUUAUAACUGAAAUUAUGUGAUUCCAGAAACGAAAUAAAAAUUGCUGAAAUGGAUAGAAAA